CCCGCCCUAUAUUCUUCGUCUCUCCACCGUCUCCCUAAGUAUUAUGGAAAUCUUAUAUUUUCCUGUUUUUGCUUUCCUCUUUUUUGGAUCAAACCUGUUUGCUUUCCUUAUUUCGAUAAGCAUAUAAGGUUUAAAUAGAGUUUUACACAGCCUUUGUGAGUACACUUUAGAGUUUUACAUACCCUCUUCCACUACCAAUGGAAGCUAACCAUCCAAAGGACGAGGCGUAUCUCUCCGCCGUUAUCCCCAAGCGUAUCAGCCUCUUCGAGCAGAUCCAAGCCAACCAGCUCGAGAAGCUCAACUCUCCGAUCAAGGUUACGUUGCCAGAUGGGAGCGUGAUAGAAGGGAAGAGAUGGGAGAGUACUCCAGUGGAUAUGGCGAGGCGGGUUUCGAAAGGUUUGGCGAAUUCUGCGUUGGUUUCAGCGGUUAACGAUGAGCUUUGGGAUAUGUGUAGGCCUUGUAAGCUCGAGUUUUUCAAAUUUGAUAGUGAGAAAGGUCGGGAUACUCUUUGGCAUUCUAGUGCUCACAUUCUUGGUCAGGCUCUUGAGCAGGAGUAUGGGUGUAAGUUAGGACCAUGUGCAACCAGAGGGGAGGGUUUCUACUAUGAUGCAUUUUAUGAUGGCUUGGCGCUGAACGACAAACACUUCCCUAAUAUCAAAGCAGCUGCUGCAAAAGCCGCUAAGGAAGCGCAACCAUUUGAAAGGAUCGAAGUGACGAAGGAUCAGGCAUUUGAGAUGUUUUCUGACAACAAUUUUAAGGUUGAAAUCAUCAAGGCGUCGCCUGCCGACAAAACCAUUACUGUCUACAGAUGUGGCCGUCUUGUUGACUUGUGUCAUGGACCGCACAUACCAAACACUUCUUUUGUAAAAGCAUUCGAGUGUUUAAAGGCCUCAUCAGCUUACUGGAGCGGUAGCGAAGACCCUCAGAACCCUGUGAGCUUGCAGAGAGUUUAUGGGAUAUCUUAUCCAGAUCAGAAACAGCUAAAGAAAUAUCUUCAAGUUCUUGAAGAAGCAAAAAAGUAUGACCACAGAAUUUAAGGCCAGAAUCAGGAACUCUUCUUUUGUCAUCCACUCAGUCCUGGGAGUUGGUUCUUCCUUCCAUUAGGCACUCGUUUAUAUAACAAGUUGAUGGAAUUUAUUAAAGAGCAAUAUCGGAAAAGGGGUUACACAGAGGUUAUAACGCCAAAUAUGUACAACAUGAAGCUGUGGGACACUUCUGGACAUGCUGCAAAGUACAAGGACAAUAUGUUUACCUUUGAUAUUGAGAAACAAGAGUUUGGGCUCAAACCUAUGAAUUGCCCUGGUCACUGCUUGAUGUUCCAACACAAGGUGCGCUCAUACAGAGAGUUACCUAUUAGACUGGCCGACUUUGGAGUGUUACACCGUAAUGAGGAAAGUGGAGCACUUAGUGGGUUGACACGUGUCCGACGGUUCCAGCAAGAUGAUGCACACAUAUUCUGUACAGAGGAUCAGGUUAUGGAUGAAGUGAAGGCUGUGUUGGAGUUCAUCGACUAUGCAUAUAAAAUUUUUGGCUUUACCUAUGAGUUAAAGCUUUCAACGAGGCCAAAAAAUUACCUUGGAGAUUUGAAAACAUGGGAUAAAGCUGAAAACGAUCUCAAAGUAGCCCUAGAUGCUUUUGGAAAGAAAUGGCUGUUGAACGAAGGAGAUGGUGCAUUUUAUGGCCCAAAGAUAGACAUCACAGUCUCUGAUGCAAUGAGUAGGAAGUUCCAGUGUGCUACAUUACAGCUUGAUUUUCAACUUCCUGCAGAUCGAUUCGAACUGGAGUACUCAGACGAGGACGAAGGGAAAAAGGAGAAGAAGAAGCCGAGACCUGUGAUGAUACACAGAGCAGUGUUGGGAUCAGUGGAGCGUAUGUUUGCCAUACUGCUGGAGCAUUACAAAGGGAAGUGGCCCUUCUGGCUCAGUCCACGCCAGGCCAUAGUUUGCCCUGUAUCAAAGAAAUCUGAGGAGUAUGCAUUACAGGUGAAAAGACAAAUCCAUGAAGCUGGGUACUAUGUUGAUGCGGACAUAACAGACAGAAAGAUUGAUAAAAAGGUGCGAGAAGCUCAAGUUGCUCAGUACAACUACAUACUUGUAGUUGGUGAAUCUGAAGCUGCUACAGGACAGGUGAGUGUACGGUUAAGAGACAGUGCAGCCCACUCGGCGAAGAGCAUCCAGGAUUUGCUGGAAGAUUUCAAGACCAAGACUGCAGAAUAUCAAUGAGAUCCGACUCUUUCAAGUUCAAGUUUGAUUUUGUUCAGAUACAUAAUGUGUUUUUUUUUGUCAUUACAUAAUGUGUUCUUUUUCUCUAAAUUCAGUUUGCAAGUUAUAUAGUGAGCCCAUAUUGUAUGAAAG